ACGGCGCACGCUCGCGCUGCGUCAGCAGCAACCCUAUUAUUUCAAGUACUAAUACAAUACAAACUAAAUAUGUAGUUCAUUUUUUGGAACGCUCCUCUUUAUGUGAUAUUUUACAGUGUUCGCGUAGGAAUACGUACGAAGAGGGAUCAUCAAACAUGUUUGACAAUAAAGGAUCGCUGUUGCACCUGUUACUUCUGUUAAUUUUAUGCACAGAGGUUUACACGACGAGUGCAAAGCAUCUUAUUAAAAAGAGGAAUUACAGUGAUCAAAGCGUGAGGGGUUACUUGGCAGAGCGGACCUGUUGGUGGAACGAGGUUUGUAAAGAGGAGUUCCACAGCAAAUUCCGAUGCCGUUGCCCGAGGUGGUCUUACUGCCGUGCUCCCGGUAGAUAUUACAAUGCGCACUGUAGCAUGACACGCACCGGUUACAUUUGGACCCAACCGGAAACGUCGCUGACCCUCGAAGUUAAUAAAUGAACGAAAUGAUCGUAAACGCGACGUUCGUACAACUUAUAGAAUUCCAUAUGCAUAUAAACUGAUUAAUUACUUGCAUUUUCGCGAUUGCAUGCACAUAUCGUUUGCAUGACCAUAUAGGGUACAAUCAGAUACAAUUUAUUAUCGAGGAUUAAACGAUAAUUACGUUCGGUGUAAGGAGAAACGAAGUGUUCAUAAAACUUAUUAUAGGUAGCCUAAAGUAAAUUUGUUAUCUCUUUAUCGAUGUCACAGGGUAAUUUUAACUAUUCGAAGUGCUACAACGUAUAUAAUUCUGUUUUGUAUUCAUUGAUUAACUUAUUUAUACAAAGAUAAUGUAUUCAAAAAUAUUUUCACUAUAUAAUCGUUAUAUAAAUGGGCCUACGAAUAAUAUAUAAAAUGGAACGAGUA